AUGGCUUCUUCUGGUGGAAGUCUUCCCAAAAUGCAAUACCGUUUCCUGGGUCGGUCCGGGCUCCAGGUAUCUGCGAUCUCACUUGGAGGAUGGGUCACUUACGGUGAUGCAGUGGGCGAUGAGAUUGCCUUCGAAUGCAUGAAAGCUGCCUAUGAUGUUGGCAUCAACUUCUUUGACUGUGCUGAAGGUUAUGCCGAAGGCAAAUCUGAGAUUGUCAUGGGCAAGGCAAUCAAGAAAUUUGGCUGGAAGCGCAAUGAUCUGGUCAUCUCGACCAAGAUCUACUGGGGCCAGGCCCACGGAGACAAUCCCGUCAACAAUGGUGGUCUCUCCCGGAAACAUAUCAUCGAAGGGACUGCCAAUGCACUCAAGAGACUGCAGCUAGAUUAUGUCGACCUGAUCUACUGUCAUCGUCCAGACAGACACACUCCAAUCGAGGAGACCGUCCGAGCCAUGAACUAUAUUAUCAAUACCGGCAAAGCAUUUUACUGGGGAACAAGCGAGUGGAACAGUGAGGAAAUCGCCAUGGCUUGGGCCUGUGCCGAAAGACUCAACUUGAUCGGACCUGUCAUGGAGCAACCAGAAUAUAGCAUGUUGGCUCGGGAUCGGGUAGAGCGAGAAUAUGCUCUGCUGUACGAGAACUACGGUCUUGGAUUGACCAUCUUCAGUCCACUCAAGCAGGGUAUCUUGACCGGCAAAUACAACGAUGGCAUUCCUGAAGACAGCAGAAUCGCCAAAGCCGCAGACGGGUUCACCGCCUCCCAAAGAGAGAGUUAUGGAAAUGAGCAGUGGAAGAAGACUCUAGCUCAAGUCAAACAGCUGAAGCCGGUGGCGGACAAGCUGGGCACUGAUCAGGCAACCCUGGCGUUGGCUUGGGUCUUGAAGAACCCACGGGUGAGCUCGGCCAUCACUGGGGCAUCCAAGGUUGAACAGAUCACGAAAUCGGUCAAGGCUUUGGAUCUGGUUGACAAGCUAGACGACAAGGUAAUGGCGGAGAUCGAUGAGAUUCUCGGCAACAAGCCUACACUGCCAUAUAGACGGUUGUAG